AUUCAAUUAAUCGCCAGCAAGACAGAAACACAGUCAACACCACCUAUCCAUCCAAGCGACAAACCCAGAAACCGUCGCCAACAUGCAGGGCUUCAACAUGGGACGGUACGUCCCCCCCGACGUCGAGGGCACGACGAGCGGCAACGCGCUACACAAGAAGCGACCGCCAGGAAUAUCGCAAGACGGGACGCAAACAGUACGGUUCGAGAUGCCAUUCGCGAUAUGGUGUUUACACUGCGAAAACCCUACCCCUACCUCCACCUCCAACCCAAGUGCGAAGGGGAAACCCACGAUAAUAGGGCAAGGCGUGCGCUUCAACGCCACGAAGCGCAAAGUCGGGAACUACCACAGCACGCCCAUCAUCGCCUUCCGCAUGCGGCACGUCGAGUGCGGCGGCUCCAUCGAGAUCCGGACCGACCCGAAGAACACAGCGUACGUUGUCAGCGAAGGCGCGCGGAAGCGGGACAUUGGGGAGGACGACACGGCCUCGAUUCUCGGCCCUAUACUCACUGCGAAAGAGAAAGAAGCGCUCCGUAGCGACGCGUUCGCGAAGCUGGAGAAGACGAUUGCGGAUCGCAAGGUGCUUGAGGAUGCGAGGCAUCGCAUUGAGGAGCUGGAGGGGGAGAGCGCGAGGAAGUGGGAGGAUCCGUAUGAAAGGAAUAGGAAGCUCCGCGAUGCGUUUAGGGUGGGGAGGAAAGAGCGGGAGAGAGAUGCGAUUAGGACGGAGGGGUUGCGCGAGAGGAUGGGUUUGGGGAUCGAGCUGCUUGCGCCGAACGAGGAUGACGCGAGGAGAGCUGCGCUGGUGGAUUUCGGGCCGACGGUUGGUGGGGAGGGGGAGAUGGGCAGGAAGGCGUUGGCGAAACCGCUGUUUGGGAGUGCUGCGGGUGCGAAAGAUGAUGGGAAGGGCGCGAAGGGCAAGAGUAAGAAGUUGAAAUCGGAAGUUGCUGCUGCGCAGAUGCGGGAGAGUCUGGUGUCGGAGAUCGUGGGCAAUACGAGAGUCGCUCAGGACCCGUUCUUAUCGCUGGAUCGUGGAAAUGGACAAGUUACUAAGAGCUCACCUAGGAUUAUGGGAAUAAAGAGGAAAAGACUGGAUUCGGAAGCGAAGCCGGAUCUUGAGUUAGCAAAGUUAGAUCAACUUAAAUCAACAAAAGGAGGUCCGGUCGACAUAGAAGAAGACAAAGAUAGGGGGAUAGCAUCAUCAGCGACGCUAGUCGAUUACGACUCGGAUUAAGGCAUCGUAGCAUUAGACAUGGCGUUUAGGGGGCUUGGAUUUGGUCAUUACAAGAUACCCAGGUUAUAUCAUGAAGCGUAACGUAUGAUUAGGCAGGG